CAACUGCUACGGCAGCCGGUUUGAGACAAUUAAAGUCACAAAGCGUUUCUAGCAUGGUUUCAAGUCGCUGCAUGGCUUUUGUGAGAGUUUAUAUGAUUUUAAAACAUUAACUCGUGUCUAAAACAUGGUCACAUUUGUGUUUAUGCUGCUUGAUACAGUAUCAUUGUUUUAGCUUUUUACUCCCCGUGAGUUAGCUUUUUGCUCAGCGGCUUCGAGUUUGACUAAAUUGUUGGGUCAAAACUCGGUUCCGAUGGAACCAGCAUGAUGUAACGUGUUCGGUUAGUCAGUUUAUUGCUUCAGUGUGUAGUACCGAACCACCUCAGUGUUCCUUUGAGUUUAACUCGUAAGAAAGACUUCUUAGCUGGGUGCUAGCUGUUAGCUAACAAUAGUCUGCGAUGGGAGAGCCAUCGGAACCACCGGAUGUGGAGCUGGCCAAAGCUUUCUGGGCAGAUGAGGAUGUGGAUCAGGUUUUCAGUUCGGUUUUUGAGUACCUGGAACACCUGAAGCGGGUUCUACAGAGGAAAACAGCUACAGAUAAAGAGUACGUUCAGGCACUGAAGCUGGUGGAGUUUCUGGACUGCUCUUCCUUGAGCUCUCAUCAGAACCAGGAAUCCUCGGUGGUCCAGGUGGUCAUCGGCUCAGGUGAGUUGCUGCCAGCUAACCUCCCUGACCAAGAUCCAGCCUCCCCCUCCUCCCCCGUUUCCCCGUUCUGUCUCUUUAACGGGCUGGGUGUCUCGGCAACGGCGCCUGCUGACAGGGACGAGCUGCUGCCUCCGCUGGCUCCGGUGCAGUUGGAGUACCUCCCUCACCAAUGCUGUAAGGACUGCCUGCCCAGUUUACCCAGAAUGCUUCAGUCCACCACCUCAUUGAGUUGUCAGAACCCUCUGAAGGUCCCGCUGCUCUGCGGCUUUAAGAGGCUGACCGCCAUGCCGCUGAUGUCAACGCUCAGGGAUGCCGAGGGACUGGAGGACAACGGGGACUGGGACGUCAUGUACAAGGCGCCGUGUGGACAGAGUCUCCGUGACUUUGACGAUGUGAUGUGUUUCCUGUCGGCCACUGAGAGCUAUGACGUCCUGCAGGUGGACUUCUUCACCUUCAGCCAUUUCGUUCAGCUGGACCCUAUGCCAGGUCGGCAUCACUCAGAGGACCUGAGCCGGGGGAAGGAGUCGACGCCGGUUGAGCUGUGCGUCGGGGAUGCUGGGACGCGGCCCAGCGAGUUCCGGUACCGGAAGGACCGGUGGCCCCAUGGCUGCUUUCUGAGUCGUGGUCCAGCUCUGUUUCGUGUCUGCUGCGACUGCACCGAUGGCUGCAGCGACGCCAAGCACUGCGCCUGCGUUGCCAUGACGACUGGAGGGCGGGGCUACAGUCACCAACGGCUGCUGGAACCGGUACCGUCAGGGUUGUACGAAUGUGGACCGUGGUGUGGUUGCGUCCGCUCCCGCUGUCAGAACCGCCUGGUCCAAAGAGGCCUCAGAGUCCGGCUCCAGGUGUUCCAGACAGAGGACCGGGGCUGGGGUGUCCGCUGCCGUGAUGACCUGGAUCGGGGCACAUUCGUGUGCAUCUACGCAGGUGUGGUCCUGCAGCGGGUCCAGAGUCCGGUAGAGCUGCCACCUGCAAAGCUGUUCGCUGUUGACGUCCCGUCAGACGACGAAGUGGAGGUCGUCACUGAGUGGCUGGCCCCGCCUAUCCUAGACGGGCGGAGCAACCUGGUGGAGACGCCCCCACCUUCUUCUGCCCUGACCUCACCCCCACUGCACGUCCCUGUGAUCCAAAGACCCGCUGAGUCCAACACCCCGCCCCAGAACCAGAGUCCGACGGCGCUGAUGGAGGGUCCAGAUCAGAAGUCUCCAUCAGCAGCUGACAUGCCAAAAGGAACGGUUGCUAUGACGACAGAAACGCAGGAGGUGAGCAGCACAAAGCCUAAUGCUCAGAGGAGUUUAAAACGAGGAGCUGAAAUGGAGGAAGUCUGUUUCAUAGACGCUAAUAAGGAAGGAAACGUGAGCCGCUUCAUUAACCACAACUGCAAGCCUAACCUUUUCAUCCAGAAUGUCUUCACGGACUCCCACGACCCCGCCUUUCCGGUCAUCGCCUUCUUCACCAGCAGGGUUGUGAAAUCCGGCACCGAGCUGACCUGGGAUUACGCUGCUGAUGCGUAUGCUGACCCGGGACAGAAACAGGAAGUUCCUUGUCUGUGUGGUAGCAGCGAUUGUCGGCAGUGGCUCCACAUCUAGGAGAACCUCGUUGGCAUGUGAGGUCCUACAGUCCUGCUGUUUCAUGGCACAAAGUGUUAGUAACUGUUAGUUUUUCUCUUUGAAGUUUUGUAAUAAAAAUAUUUUCAGAAGAAAAAAAUCUGUCUGGUUUCUUCCAUU